AUGGCGGUGGAGGCGGUUCUUGACGCCGCGGCGGCGGAUCAGGUCGCCACCACUAGCACAAGCAGUGGGGCGGCAGAGGAGGAGGAUGUCAAGGCGGUGGUGCAGCAGGAGCACGCCCAAGGGUUGGCGAAGCGGAAGCGCUCCAGGCGCCGCCGCGACCGCGAGCAGCAGCAGCUGCCCAAGGAGGCCCCCACCCAGGAGGAGUACCUGGCGCAGUGCCUCGUCAUGCUGGCCACCGGCCGCCGCGACGUCCCGGCCCCGGCCCCCGCGCCGCCGUCGCAGGGGCAGGAGCACGCGUGCUCCGUCUGCGGCAAGGUGUUCCCGUCCUACCAGGCGCUCGGCGGGCACAAGGCCAGCCACCGCAUCAAGCCCUCGCCGCCGGCGCCGGCAACGGAGGUAGGGGAUCACCACGAGGAGCAGAAGCCGGUGCUGCCGUCCUCGUCGUCCGCGGGCUCCGCAGGCGCCGCCGACAACAACAAGCCCGCAGCGGCGGCGCACGAGUGCAACGUGUGCGGAAAGGCGUUCCCGACGGGGCAGGCGCUGGGCGGCCACAAGCGCCGCCACUACGACGGCACCAUCGGCAGCGCCGCCGCGCCCGCCCCCCCGCGCGCGUCCUCCUCCUCCUCCUCUGCGGCGGCGCCGGCGGUCGCCUUCGACCUCAACCUGCCGGCGCUGCCGGAGCGGUGCGCGGGAGUGGAGGACGACGAGGUGCUCAGCCCGCUCGCCUUCAAGAAGCCUCGGUUCUUGAUCCCGGCUUGA